CAUCGAUAAACCGUACUCCUGGUGCCGCAAAUACCUAUCGCGCUAGUCUUUUCCUUUUAUCUUUGUAUGCGCACACGAAAGUGGGAAUCGCAACGAGGAGUGUCGAUAUGAUCUGCCUCGCAUUGGUCAUACCCCAAAAUAAGGGCAUAGGCACUCCUUGUUCCACCUAUAAAAGCGGCGUGUAACGCGAACGACGAAAGGCGUCGAGCCUUCAUACUACAUCUCAGAUUUGAGUCAGCUGCGAAGUUAUAACAUGUCCCACUCACCUGAUCGCGCAUCAUCGCCCUUUGAUCAUAUGAAGGCAGAUGUGAUCUUGCGCUCAUCCGACGGCGUAGACCUCCGCGUGUUCAAGCUCUUCCUCUCCCUCGCACCACCCUUCUUCGAGACUCUCUUUGAUCUUCCCCAACCAUCUGAGGGGACUAACACCGACAUGGAAAUCAGAGACGGACUCCCUGUCAUUCCUGUCUCAGAGGACAGAAAGACAUUAGAUUCACUCCUCCGCUUCUGUUAUCCCUGCAUUUUAGCAGAGGAUCCUGUGCUCGAGGAUUUCAGAGGCAUCAUCAACGUUCUCGACGCAGCGAAAAAGUAUUCUCUUGAUGCGAUCCAGCAGACAGUGUGCAAAUCUCUAUUCACUCCAAAAAUAUUGGAAAUGAACUCGCUCCGCUGCUUCGCGAUCGCCUGUCGCACCCGCAUGCAGGACAAGUGCGAGCUUGCUGCUAAAUACACUCUCCGGGAGCAUUGAUUCCGGGGUGUUUCGAGG